ACCGGCGUCUCCUUAGCCAAAGUCCUCUUUGACCUCUCCGGCUCCUUGGGCGCUACCGGUCUCGAAGUGCGUCGCACAGGCGAGGAUAUAUCGAUUGCCUGUGGCGUAUUGCAUUCGGUCCAAUCAACACUAAACCAAGCCAAAGGGUGCUGGUACUCGACCGACGGACUCGACGAAAUACAGAAGAUACAUUGAUCGUUGCCAUGAGACGUUCGUAGACAUCCAAUCGCUGAUCUCCCCCUUUGAAAAGCUCGCGCAAGGAAAAGGCACCCCGAGGAGUCAGAGGUUCCAUCAAGUCGAUGAAAUGGAGAUCCAAGAGGGCGAAAGUCAAGGUUUGGAGGGGAGCGUUGCAGUCUACUACGUGUAUGUUGACGAUGAUGUUGGUAACUCGUGGCUGGCAGGAACAGAUUCGUGGAAGACGGUAUGUGCAAUUCAAUUGCCUAGUGUGGGAUAUGCGUCCCUAAGAUUUGGUAGAAGUUCGGAAGACAGACAUUCAGCGGACGAAGUGGCGCAAUCCAAAUUGGUUUUCGAGAAUUUGCAAACCGCGCAUCGAUGCGUUGUGCGGGAUACAAAGUAUUGGGAAGAUCGGCUUACUGGAGACCAAGAUCCGAGCGACAACUUCGUCGACCAGACGGGGGAAAUGGAAGAACAAAUCGAACAUGAUUGUGACAUUGAAGAUAAGUGGGCGCGGCGACAUGAUGCGGACAACUCAGUGUCUCCCACCUCGAGUGAGAACAGCGCAGCGAACAAGUUUGGUGUGUGGCAAUGCCCGCCUGCUCUCAACGACAACAGCAGUAUAUCAGAAACCUGGAACGACUCAAGAUCUUUCGAGUCCUUUGCCAACAAAGUGCAUACGAACUCGGGUGGAAGCGCAAUAUAUAGCGGGGUAGAGAGUGAUAAACGAUUGUCUCUCGUGGAGAAUGUACCUCCGUGGUCGAUGAAUGCAGCAGCCGAUCCAUUUGUUGAUACAUGGUUCGAGGAAGACAUCUAUUCAGAUGACGCCGAUGUUGUCCCUGCUGGCCUCGAACGUAUCGGGUCUCAGCUACCGCAUAUCAGGAGUCAAAGUGGAGACAUUGACAAUCGGCAGAGGAAUUUCGAGCUGCCUGAGACGUUUUCAAAUCCAUUCGAUACUUCACUACCACUGCCAGAUAUUAGUCCAGAGGACGAUAGCCCAGGUACACUGCUAUACCGCGAUACAUACCAAAAUCUGCUCGCCUAUAUAGCGCCUAGACGUCAGCUUCCAAAACCACUCUCGCACUAUUCAUUGCACUACAUAUGUGAAAAUGGUAUAUAAUAUACGUUGGAUUCUUAAGAAUAUCUUGUACGAACGUUUAGGUGUUUAGUCGAAUCAGGAGAAGAUCCGAAAGUUGUGUUGAAAGAAGUUGACCCCGUUACGGGUUCUGAAAAAUCUCGCGCCGCUUUCAGAAUUUCAAGCAUCGUUGGCGGAAUAGAAAAAGGGGGGAUGAACUAUUUUUGAAUGAUUGGUGUUAUUGCUUUUCAUAGAGUAUGUCGAUACAU